AUGUCCAAAUCAUCCGAAAAUAAUCGUGCUGUAUUUAACAAAGUUCAAAAAAAGUUAUCUAAAUUAGAAAUUAAACAAAAUCAAAAUGACAUCGAACUGAUCUUAGCUCAUUUUGAUUUUGACGUUAAUAAAACAGUUGAAGCGUUUAGAAAUUUAUCUGUGAAUGAAAUUCUUCAAGAUUGCCGGCAAUCAUCAACAAAAAAUAAACAAAUACAUGAGCAACGGAGAAGAACAUCAGCACCAAAACCAUCUUCAAAUUGA